AGUUCUGAAAAAGUGACAACAUGGCAAAUGCAGAGAGCGUGUCCGCAACUUUAGACACCAACAGGAACUGCACAAUAGAGAUCAACAACAUGAGUGACGUCUACAGCCUCAUCAACCCACAUGUCUACACGUACAGUGGGUACUGCUGUGAUCCUCCUCAGCCCACAAUCAGCUCCAACAAGAUUGACGUCUGCGCAUUCACGAAGACUGCAAACACUGCCUGCGGGGCCGUAGGUGUCUUGACCUAUGACCUCUUCCACACGAAGAACCAGGAGUGCACUGAACGCAUGGCUAUUAUGUUCUCCGUUCCCUACGACUACAACCUCUACAGUAACUACUUUGGAAUUGGUGGGUUUAAGAUGGAUCAUGAGUGCAAUGAAGCCUUGUACAACCACAUGUAUUACGGAAACGACUCCAACUUUAUCCGUGCGAUUGCAGAUGUGGCUGGAAUCACCUACAAGACAUCGAGAGUUGAAAUAAGAGCAACUAUGUCAAAUGUGGGCAAAGCUAUUAUUAAACUAGAGAUCCAUGACAAGCUGAAUCAUGAAUGGCGCCGAUCCCGAGGCUCUCGCCUUCUCCUGGGCGUAAAGAGAACAAGGGUGAGUAGUUUGAAGGAUGGAGUUCGAUACCUGGGCUUUCUGUACGCCUGGCUGCCAGCUCAGCUCCGCCCGUCGGAUGGCAAUGCAGAGGGACACUGA